CUCGGCGGGGAGGGGGGUCGCCCGCCGCCGUCGCCGCCCAUGUGGCUGCAGCAGCGGCUGAAGGGGCUGCCGGGGCUGCUGUCGAGCAGCUGGGCCCGGCGGCUGCUGCUGCUGCUGGCGCUGCUGCUGGUCGCCUACUGGUACGCGGGGGCGGCGCGGGGGCGGCGCGGCGCGGCGCGGGGGGCCGAGCCCCGCGGCGCCGCCGCCCUCUGCCUGCAGGCGGCCACGGGCGCCUGGCGGGCGCAGGCCGAGCGCGGCGAUGCGCUGCCGCUGCCCGACGAGGAGGACGGCGGGCGGGGGCCGCCGGGCCGCGGCCUGGCGCUGGCGGGCAACGGCUUCCUGCUGCUGGACGUGGCCGCCGGCCGGCUCUGGGUGUCGGCGGCGGGCGGCGGCGGCGGCCCGGCGCUCGCCACCGAGUACCCGGCGCUGGUGCGGCUGCGGGCGCUGGGCGGGCGCGGCGAGGCGCGGGCGGCGCUGGCGGCGCUGCGGGACGGCGCCGUGCGGCGGGUGCGCUGCGUGCAGACCGGGCCGGCGGCGGGCGGCGGCGGCGGCGGCGAGUGCGUGACGGUGCGGGAGGAGGUGGUGGCCCACCGGAGCCGGCCGCACCUCUACCUGCAGCGCAUCCGCAUCGCCAACCCCACCGAGCGGGUGGCUGCCUUCGAGGCCUCGGCGCCCUCGCUGGGGGGCCGCUUCGCCACCAGCCUGGAGAAGGCGGAGGAGCGGCAGUUCCUGCUCUCCUCCGGCCGCCUGCUUCUCCCCGGCAGCCCCAAGGCGGUGCUCAUGGUGGUGGCCGCCAAGAAGCUGGUGAGCCGCGUGCAGGUGGCGCCCAAAUCGCACUUUGACGAAACCAUGCUCUCCGUGGUGUACACUUCGGAGCCCAUCGAGGUCUCCAGGCUGGAGGAGACCUUCAGCAAACUGAGGGAGUCAGCAAAGAAGGAGAUGCUGGAAGUGAUGCAGAUGGGGGUGGAAGAUCUUUUCCAGGAGCACCAACAGACCUGGUCGGAUUUGUUCAUUUCAGGUAUUGAAAUGAGAAAGAUCACAGAUUUGCAUACACCAUCCAGUGAGACUGUUAACAUGACCCUUUACUACGUGCUGUCGAGCAUGCCAGCUCCUCUGCUAGAUCCACUCAUUAGUGGCGAGGACAGAGAAAAAAUGGAAGCCAGCUUGAACUAUGCGGACCACUGCUUCAGUGGCCAUGCAACCAUGCACGCGGAGAACCUGUGGCCAGCAAAGCUGACCAGUGUCCCCCAGAUCUUGCAGCUCUCAGACUUGUGGAAGUUGACUCUCCAGAAACGGGGAUGUAAGGGUCUCGUGGCAGCUGGGGUCCAUGGACUCAUGCAGGGAAUGGUGCUUAGCUUCGGGGGUCUGCAGUUCACGGAAAACCAUCUCCAGUUUCAGGCUGACCCUGAUGUACUUCAUAACAGCUAUUCCUUACGUGGGAUCCAUUACAAUAAGGACUUGAUUAACCUGGCUGUUCUGCUGGAUGCAGAAGGAAAACCCUUCUUGCAUGUGUCCGUGAAAUUUCAAGACAAGCCAGUUAGACUGUACGCGUGCGAGGCAGGCUGUAUGAAUGAGCCUGUGGAGCUGACCUCUGAGGCACGAGGCCAUACCUUCCCUGUCAUGGUGACACAACCCAUCACACCGCUGCUUUAUAUAUCGACAGAUUUGAUACACUUGCAGGACCUGAGACACACACUCCAUCUAAAAGCUAUUCUGGCUCAUGAGGAACACAUGGCCAAGCAAUACCCAGGCUUACCCUUCCUGUUCUGGUUCAGCGUGGCCUCCUUAAUCACGCUAUUUCACCUAUUUCUGUUCAAACUCAUCUACAAUGAAUAUUGUGGGCCAGGAGCCAAGCCACUCUUCAGGAGUAAGUUAAAACAAGCAGAGCCUUAUGUUACAUCUGUGGCCAAUAUCAACUACAAAAGUGCCUGGAUUGAAAGGAAAUACCAUGUGGAAAAUACCCUUGGCUGUGGAGUUCCUUUCUACGCGCCUAGUGUAUCUAGAGUGGUUGGAGGGGAAAAUGCAAGACCAUACAGCUGGCCCUGGCAGGCCUCCCUCCAAUACAGCUCGAGUGGCAAAUGGUACCAUACCUGUGGAGGAACCCUCAUUGCAAGCAACUGGGUGAUGACAGCUGCACAUUGCAUUAGCUCUUCUAGAACAUAUCGAGUAUUUCUUGGAAAGUAUAACCUAGAAGUUGAAGAAGAAGGAUCAAUUGCAGUGGAGCCAGAAAAAAUCAUUGUUCAUGAGAAGUGGAAUCCAAAUAAUGUUGCAAAAGGGUAUGACAUUGCUUUGAUCAAACUUGCUGAACAUGUCACCUUAAGCCACCAAAUUGAGUUGGCCUGUCUCCCUGCUCCACAAAGCAUCCUAGCAUCCAACACUCCCUGCUAUGUGACAGGAUGGGGAAGGCUGAAGACAAAUGGAGCUCUUCCAGACGUCCUGCAGCAAGGCCUUUUGCUGGUGGUGGAUUAUGCGACUUGUUCCAAGUUUGGCUGGUGGGGGAGCACGGUGAAAACCAACAUGGUUUGUGCUGGUGGGGAUGGCAUCACCUCCAGUUGCAAUGGGGACUCGGGUGGCCCACUGAAUUGCCAAGGUGAUGAUGGCAGGUGGGAAGUGCACGGCAUCGUAAGCUUUGGCUCUUCUCUGGGCUGCAAUUUUUAUCACAAGCCUUCUGUCUUCACUCGGGUCUCUGAUUUCAAUAGCUGGAUCCAGCAGGUUAUAGACAGCAAUUAAUGCAAAGAGAACUGGAUGAUAGAUGAGAACAGUGCCAAGAAGGAAAGCAGCCUGAAUAAGUCAUAAUCAGGACACCUUUAAUCACAAAGAACUGGGAAAUUAUGCAUUUACCAACAACAAUAUUGUAUUUAAUCAUACUGCAGUAAACACUGUUUUUGGCAAAACGAAAGAAAAAUGUGUGUCCCUGCCAAUUUUUCUUGUGUAUUGUCAAAAUCGGAGCCCUGAUUUAGUGAUGAUGCUGGAGUC